GGACUACACCGCCUAUAUUGCUAUGGUAGCGGCGUCCGGGUGGGCCGGGCCUCAAAGCUCCUGGCCCGACUGGGCCGCGUUUAUGGAGGACUUCACCUCCUGUCGGGCAUGAGCGGGGCCUCCCGCUGCCUUUCGCGCAGCUGCCGUAGCUUCCCGACUGUGGGCCCCCUCCGGGAACAUGCCCCAGGCUACCUACUGCUACGUGCGGGUCGUGGGCAGGGGCAGUUACGGGGAGGUGACGCUCGUGAAGCAUCGGCAGGACGGCAAGCAGUACGUCAUCAAAAAACUGAACCUCCGAAAUGCUUCCAGCCGUGAGCGCCGAGCUGCCGAGCAGGAAGCUCAGCUCCUGUCUCAGCUGAAGCACCCCAACAUUGUCACCUACAAAGAGUCGUGGGAGGGAGGAGAUGGUCUGCUCUACAUCGUCAUGGGCUUCUGCGAAGGAGGUGAUCUGUACCGGAAGCUCAAGGAGCAGAAGGGGCAGCUUCUGCCUGAGAGUCAGGUGGUGGAGUGGUUUGUACAGAUCGCCAUGGCUUUGCAGUAUUUACACGAGAAACACAUCCUUCAUCGAGAUCUGAAAACUCAGAAUGUCUUCUUAACCAGAACAAACAUCAUUAAGGUGGGCGACUUGGGGAUUGCCCGAGUGUUGGAGCACAACGGGGACAUGGCGAGCACCCUCAUCGGCACUCCCUAUUACAUGAGCCCUGAGCUGUUCUCAAACCAGCCCUACAACUAUAAGUCUGACGUCUGGGCUUUGGGAUGCUGUGUCUAUGAAAUGGCCACCCUGAAGCACGCUUUUAAUGCAAAAGACAUGAAUUCUUUAGUUUAUCGGAUUAUUGAAGGAAAGUAUUGUUAUUCUUUGCAGUUACCACCAAUGCCAAAAGUUUAUAGCCCGGAGCUGGCCGAGCUGAUCCGGACAAUGCUAAGCAGGAGGCCUGAGGAAAGACCCUCUGUGCGGAGCAUUCUGAGGCAGCCUUAUAUAAAACACCAAAUCUCCUUAUUUUUGGAGGCCACAAAAGCAAAAACUUCCAAAAAUAAUGUUAAAAACUGUGACUCCAAAGCCAAGCCUGUUGCUGCUGUACUUUCCAGAAAGGAAGAAACAAAUCAUGAAGUGAUUCACUACCAGCCAUGCCCUUGUGAGGGCUCCACUACACACGUCAUGGGUGAAGAUAAGUGUUUGUCCCAAGAGAAACCAGUGGCCACUGGUCCCUUGAAAUCACCUGCUAGCCUUAAAGGCCACACUGGCAAGCCAGAUAUGAACAAUACUGCAGAGUCAUUUGCCACAAUCAGCAAGAUAAACAUCGAUAUCUUACCUGCAGAGAGGAGGGACUCAGCAAAUAAUGGCCUAGUUCAGGAGAGUCAACCGAAAGAGUCAGACACCUCUAAUGAAGUCGACAGUCAACGCAGUAUUUCUCCAGACAAGAAGGAGCGGCUGCAGAGUGGUAACAAGUCCAGCGAUCAGCCUGAAAAUCUGCUUCCCAGAUGGUCCUCUGAUGAUGGGGAUGGGGAUGGGAAUGAACUGCUGAAGCCAUUGCAGCCCCCAAAUAAAGACCAAAAGCCAGAACAGGAUCAAGUUCCUGGUGGAUGUAUAAUAGGAAAACAGGACAGCAUCCACCCAAGACUCCAGCCACACAACUCUGUGUCUGAACCUUCCGUGUCUCGACAGCGAAGGCAGAGAAAAAGAGAACAGACUGCCCAUGGUCAGGCAGAGAGCCAGUUCCAAGAGUCACCCGCUCGGCUUUUGCCUUCUCCCCCUGCUGUUGGAAAAGUGGAUACCGUAGCAACAAAACAAAAUAAUGAAAACCAAGGUAGACCUGUGGCUGAGUCUGUAGACAGUUCAAGGAUCAGUUCAACAUCAUCGUCUAAGGAUCGACUGUUAUCGGCCAGAGAGAGGAGACGACUGAAGCAGUCUCAGGAAGAGAUGCUCCCCUCAGGUCCUUCAGUUCGGAGAACUCCAGGUGCAGCGGAGCCAGUGAAGCCACAGGAAGAAGACCAACCUGUUUCUUCCCGACGAUUCUCUUCAGACUGCAGCAUCGCUCAGGAAAAGAGACUGAUACAUGGCCUGUCUGAGGAUGAGUUAAGUUCUUCUACAAGCUCAACUGAUAAAUCAGAUGGGGAUUCCAGGGAGGGGAAGAGUCAUACAAAUGAAAUGAGUGACUUGGUACAGCUGAUGACUCAGACUCUUAAGCUGGACUCUAAAGAGAGCUGUGAAGAUCUCCUGGUACUAAAUCCGGUGUCAGAAUUCAAACUUCAUCGGAAGUAUCGAGACACGCUGGUUCUUCACGGCAAGGUUGCAGAAGAGGCGGGGCUCCACUGCGAAGAGCUGCCUUCAGCUAUCAUAUCAGGUUCUGAGAAGAUCAGGAGAAUAGUCGAAGUCUUGAGAGCUGAUGUAAUCCAGGGCCUGGGGGUUCAGCUUCUCGAGCAGGUGUAUGAUGUUUUGGAGGAGGAAGAUGAAUUGGAGAGAGAGUCCCAGGUACUCAGAAGGCUGUGACAGGAGGUCACUUGGUUCCAAGUGUUUCCGACGGGCUGGGCAAUAUAAAGAUCUGUCUGAGGAAGAGACGGGAGAGUGGGCAGCGGUGGUGGCGGUGGUCAGGGGGCAUUUGGCUGGAGGAGGAGAAGAGGACUCAGGUAGUAGUUUCUGGUUUUCUUGGGAUGCUGUGCUGUGUGGUCUGGGACGAAGGUGGUUGACGCCCAAUAGUUUGGCGUUAGUGUGGCUGCACCCACAGUCGAGUCUCGGUCCAAUAGGCUAUGCUGGGCAGAAGAGGAACUCUUGCUUCUUGGCUGAACUCUGCUGAGUUUUAGCUGCAGUCUUGCAGUAGAAUGAUAGACAUGUUGAUGUCCUGCUUCUCCCAGAAAGAUAACCUUUUACCUGGGAGCAAGGAGGCUGUUGCACGAAUCCUAAUUGGUCUUAUAAUAAAAACCCAGAGCCAGAUAUUGGGGUAAAUGCUGAAAGAUCAGAAAGACAAAGGAACAAGCCACUAGAGAAACUUCUCACCACCACUGAAUCCUCAGGCUGGAAGAGCGGCGAGAUUCUGUCUCCAUGGAUCCUUAGACUGAAUGCCUGAGUCCUUAGCCGAAAGGGCCGAACUUCUGUCUCCUCCCACGUUAUAUUCCUUUCUCUGCCCAGCCAUAUCACAUCCUGUCUCUACCUUCCUAGUGCUGGGAUUAAAGGUGUGUGCCACCAUUGCCUGACCUCUAAUCUGGCUCUGCCCUCUGAUCUCCAGGCACACUUUGUUAAGAGCACAAACGAGGUAGAUGGGCAGUGGUGGCACAUGGCACCAACACAUACAGAGAAACCCUGUCUGGAAAAAACCAAAAACAGUUUUUUUAGAUUUCACUUUAUAUGUGUGAAUGUUCUGUUUGCAUGUCUGUCUCUGCACCAUGUGCAUGCCUAGUGCUCACCAAGGUCAGAAGAGAGUAUUUGAUCCCCUGGAGCUCCAGCUAUGGACAGUUGUGAGCUGCCAUGUGGGUGCUGAAAACUGAACCUAGAUCCUCUACAGGAACAAGUGCUCUUAACUGCUGAGUCAUCUCUCCAGCCUUCUAUCUUUUUUAAAAAUUACACUAAUUUACCGUGUGUGCAUGUGCGAAUGCAUGCAUGCAUGCACAUACAUACAUGCACAUACCAUGACAAACGUGGAGAGUAAGGACAGUUGGAGAGUUGUUUCUCUCCUUCCACCGUGUGGUUUCUGGGGCUCGAAUGCAGUGCAGAGGUCACCAGGCUUCCGUGACAAGUGUCUUUACCCACUGAGCCAUCCCACCAGUGCUUGAAUGUAUUCCAUCGUGCACUCUGUGCCUACUCUCCAGCCCCCACAUUGACCCUUUUCAAGAGUAUAGACCAUGUGUUCAAUACCAUAGCACUUGGAGCCGGGCAGUGGUGUACACCCUUAAUUCCAGCAGUCGGGAGGCAGAGUCAGAUCUCUGAGUUUGAGGCCAGCCUGGCCUCCAGAGCAAGACAGAGAAACCUAGUCUCAAAAAACCCAAAAAAUAAAAAUAAAAUAACACGUGGUUUUGUAUUUUUCUAUUUUCUUCUGUUUCCUUUCUUUUCUGUUCUGAACAGGUCUCAUGUAGCCUAGGCUGACCUCAGAUCUGCUGUGUAGCUGAGGUGACUUUGAACUUACGAUGCUCCUGCUUCCCCACCCCAAGUGCUGGAAUUAUAGGCAUAUGCUGCCAAACCCAGUUUAUGCAGUGCUGGAGACGAAGGCCAGUGCUCCCUGUAUGCUAGGCAAGACUAAGUCCUAGUCCAGCUACUGGGCUUCUCUAGGUUCGAAUGAAUAGUUUCACAUUGUGUUUUUUAAUGAGGGCCUUUGUUUUGUAACAUAAACUGGCCUCAGAUUGGUAGUCCCCCUGCCCCUGCCUCCUGAUGCUGGUGUGACAGACAUGGGCUACAUUCUUAGCUAGGUUAUUCUUUUUUUUUUUUUAAUGGCAGGGUCCCAUGUAGCCUAGGCUGGUCUCAAAUUCACUAUGUAGGCUGGCCUUGAAUGCUCAAUCCUCCUGCCUCCACCUCCAGGUUGUGUAUUUUUACCAGAAUAUCAUCAAAGUGAUGCUGAGUCUUCAGUGAAUUCUAUCAGAAUAGGUAUCACAUCCAUUCAACAUACUAGGUGUUAUUCUAAAUUUCAGCAUCCAUUUCAGCAGAUCUUUGGGUUAUUAGUCAGGUCUUGUAAGCCUCACCCUUUCUAUUUUGAGAUUGGGUCUCACUAAGUUACUUGGCUUGGCUUCAAACUCACUCAGGCAGCAGGCCUUGAACUUGAGUAGAUGGGAUUCAGGUCUGGAUUUGAAGUUUCAAAAAAAAAUUUUUUUUUUAGUUUUUGAGACCGGAGAAGUUUCCAAAUUUUAUGCAGAAGUCAGCAACAUGGCUCGGCGGGGACAGGCUCUUCCAUGUAAAAGUGGAAGCGGAGGGCCACGUCCACAGAACUGCGCUCUGGCCGCCACAUGUGCACCACAGCAUGUCUGAACUUACACAGUUGUACACAGAUCAUACGCACACAGUAAUUGUAUGUAAACAGAACUGGUAAUAUCCCCCUAUAUGGCUUUCUCCUUGGUAUUGUUAGAAGUCAGACAACAAAUUCAGGAGAGUAAUAAAGUGAAGCAGUUUUUAAUGUACAAUUCAGCAGAAAAGGACAAAGCAUAGAGGAAAGGCAGAAGCAGCUGGCGUGCUGAUUUGGCACGAAACAGUGUUUUUUUGUUUUUUUUUUUUGUUUUUGUUUUUUUGGUUUUUCGAGACAGGGUUUCUCUGUGUAGCUUUGCGCCUUUCCUGGGACUCACUUGGUAGCCCAGGCUGGCCUCGAACUCACAGAGAUCCACCUGGCUCUGCCUCCCGAGUGCUGGGAUUAAAGGCAUGCGCCACCACCGCCCGGCGAAACAGUGGUUUUUAAAGUUCCCAAAUGAAGACAUUGCCAUCCCUUUCUGGCCUCCCUCUCAAAUUCUCCACCUUGUUGGUUUAGCGUACCUAAUGAAUAAUCUGGGGCUUGAGGCUGCCCUCUUUCUGAUGGCUGACUCUGUGACAAGCAGAUAUCAUCCACCAGCUUGGGGCUCAGCCUCCUGCUUAUCUGACAUGGUGACCUCUAAGGUACCUCCUACUGAAACGGACCUGUUCAUUACAGUGUGAUUCUCAGGAAAACCUUUGUUUUAAAGAUCACAGGAAUUCCUUUCCUGUUCUGUCCUGAUUUUCUUAUCUGUUUCUCAAAUAGGCACGAUUACGGGAGCACAUGGGGGACAAGUACACAGCAUACAGUGUGAAAGCUCGCCAGUUGAAGUUUUUUGAAGAAAAUGUGAAUUUUUGAGAUUUGUUCGAACGUGCUGCCAGAACUAAAGACUGUUUUCAAAGGUUUUUCAUCUAAACAACAACAACAAAUCUGUUUCAGUUACUCAGAGGCCACUAGUCAUCCUCCGGGCUCUCUUUGGGGUCUUCUUAUUAUAUAACAUUAGACAGGGUAGCCUAAUGUGAAACACGUUCACAAAAGAAAAACCUUGGAAUAUCAUUUUAUUUUUAUGAGGAAAAAUGUUCUAUUUGUUACUGUUUACUGAGCCUUAAACCAACUUUAUAUCUAGUUUAUUUUUUAAAGAUAUUAACUAGCUUGAAAUGGGGCCAGAAAAUGUUGGAUUAUAUUGUACUGCAGUGAUAAAAGCAAGAAGAAAACCUGACAUCUCCUCUACUUGCUAUUGUUUAUAACCUGAGAGAGUAGUGAUGUUUACUCCCUAAUGUCCCUCACUGUUCUGGGAGUAGAGUUAAAGACCAUGAAACUCUAUGCUGCAUUUGAACAACUUUUUUUUCCCCUUUAAUCUGAACCUUAGUGGGGUUCAGUCUUCAGACUCUUAGAACUCUUGUUCAGUCUAAAAUGUAGCUUGUAACUCAUUUCUUUUUUCCAUCAGCAAAAACAUCUCUUAAAUGUGAAUUCUUCUUUCAACUAAGCAAUGUCUAAGGAAAGUCCAGGUCCUUAGUUCAAUUGGUUAUAUGCAAUGUCUGUCUUUAUGUACAAUAAAGUGUCAGUUGAGUUUCUAUAUUUUAAAUGUGUAACUGGACAGCUGGGUGCAGUGGUGCACACUUGAAUCCUAGCACCUGAGAAACACAGGCAGGUGGGUCAUGAGUUCAGUGCUAGCCUGGAUGACAAAGUAAGUUCACGGCCAGCUCAUACUAGAGACCCUCAUCUCAAAAAAAAAAAAAAAAAAGUCAUAAUUGUAUAUCACAUGUGUUACUUAGUAAGUAAUGUCCAUCUAGAAAGAUUUUUAUAAAUAAAAUACAAGUCUUUAUUAAAUUUUCAUUUUUAAGAUUAAUUUUCUGAGUGUGUGUGUGUGUGUACAUGUACGUACAUAUGUGACAUGUAUGUGCAGGUGCCUGAGGAGGCCAGAAGAGGGUGUUGGAUCCCCUGGACUCGGCUUUGCUGGUGGUUGUGAGCCACCUGCUGUGGGUGCUGGGAACUGAACCCAGGUUUUCUGUAAGAGCAGCAAGUGCUCUGAACCACUGAGCCAUCUCUCCAGCCCUCUCACCGUUAUAUUUAAAGGACUGGAAAUUACUCCAAAUGUUGUUUGUUUUCUCAGACAGGGUCUCACUAUGUAGCUCUGGCUGUCCUGGAACUCACUGUGUAGAACAGACUGGACUCCAACGCACAAGAGAUCUGCCGACUACUUAGUGCCGGGAUUAAAGGCAUGCACCACUGGGUCAGCUCCAAGUGUUGUGUGUAGGGAAAUCAUUUUCUCUGAGAAUUACACACCGAUAUUUUAAUGAAAUGGUCUCUUUUAGUCCCUUGUUUUUAUCGUGCCAAGAGUUAAAAGUAUUGAAUAAAGUAAAACCUGUUGACCUUACAGUCUUAAAAUUCAA